AGGGUUAAACGACUGGAGGAGGGACAGGUGGGGCGGGGGUCUGCAGACCAGGUUGGCAACACUGGUGAGUUGCUCUUCUUUCGCCCUCCUUCCCUUCUUCUAUCCAAAGGGUGCUGAGCCCGGGAGGAGGUGGGAGGUGCCCCGCGGAGCCGGGAGUGAGCGUUCCCGAGGCAGCAGGCACCUUCGAGAGGGACUGGCAUUUGGGCCCAGGAGCCAGGAAAAAGUCCUGAGCGUGCCGACCUCGAGGAAGGCACGUUCCCUAAGGGCGCACGGUCACUGCAGUCUUUCACCGUCCGUCUGUUUUUAGAACAGAGUUCUGGCCUGAGCUUAUAAAUCUCGGGCUUUGCCCCCAAACCCCAGGCCUUUUGCGGACGGAACAGGUGAGCACUGCGCACUGCUCGCGCCCCGGUUCUUGCGUCCCCUGCUCUCCCUGCGCUCUGAGCGGCCUGGCCCCCGCGGGCUCAUCAUGUUCCCUUGGGGGCUGAGCUGCCUGUCAGUGCUGGGGGCGGCGGGCACUGCUCUCCUGUGCGCGGGCCUGCUGCUCAGCCUGGCCCAGCACCUCUGGACCCUCCGCUGGAUGCUGAGCCGGGACCGGGCCUCCACCCUGCCUCUGCCCAAGGGCUCCAUGGGCUGGCCCUUCUUCGGCGAAACGCUGCACUGGUUAGUUCAGGGCUCGCGCUUCCACAGUUCUCGCCGAGAGCGCUAUGGGACAGUGUUCAAGACGCACCUGCUGGGCAGGCCAGUGAUCCGCGUGAGCGGCGCGGAGAACGUGCGCACCAUCCUGCUGGGCGAGCACCGCCUGGUGCGCAGCCAGUGGCCGCAGAGUGCGCACAUCCUGCUGGGCUCGCACACACUGCUAGGUGCGGUCGGCGAGCCGCACCGGCGGCGGCGCAAGGUCCUGGCGCGCGUGUUCAGCCGCGCCGCGCUGGAGCGCUACGUGCCGCGCCUGCAGGGGGCGCUGCGGCAUGAGGUGCGCUCCUGGUGCGCGGCUGGCGGGCCGGUCUCAGUCUACGACGCCUCCAAAGCGCUCACCUUCCGCAUGGCCGCGCGCAUCCUGCUGGGGUUGCGGCUGGACGAGGCGCAGUGCGCCACGCUGGCCCGGACCUUCGAGCAGCUCGUGGAGAACCUCUUCUCACUGCCUCUGGACGUUCCCUUCAGUGGCCUGCGCAAGGGCAUCCGGGCAAGGGACCAGCUGCAUCAGCACCUGGAGGGGGCCAUUUCUGAGAAGCUUCACGAGGACAAGGCUGCAGAGCCGGGUGAUGCCCUCGACCUAAUCAUUCACAGUGCAAGGGAGCUGGGCCAUGAGCCCUCCAUGCAGGAGCUGAAGGAGUCGGCUGUGGAGCUCCUCUUCGCCGCCUUCUUCACCACGGCCAGUGCCAGCACCUCGCUCGUCCUGCUGCUACUGCAGCAUCCGGCGGCCAUCGCCAAGAUUCGGGAGGAGCUGGUGGCGCAGGGGCUGGGGCGCGCGUGCGGCUGCGCGCCCGGGGCCGCUGGGGGCAGCGAGGGUCCCCCGCCCGACUGCGGCUGCGAGCCCGACCUCAGCCUCGCGGCGCUGGGCCGUCUGCGCUACGUCGACUGCGUGGUCAAGGAGGUGCUGCGCCUCCUGCCGCCAGUGUCCGGGGGCUACCGCACCGCCCUGCGCACCUUCGAGCUCGACGGCUACCAGAUCCCCAAGGGCUGGAGCGUGAUGUAUAGCAUCCGGGACACGCACGAGACGGCUGCGGUGUACCGCAGCCCUCCCGAAGGCUUCGAUCCAGAGCGCUUCGGCGCAGCGCGCGAAGAUUCCCGGGGCGCCUCCAGCCGCUUCCAUUACAUCCCGUUCGGCGGCGGUGCGCGCAGCUGCCUCGGCCAGGAGUUGGCGCAAGCCGUGCUCCAGCUGCUAGCUGUGGAGCUAGUGCGCACCGCGCGCUGGGAACUGGCCACACCCGCCUUCCCCGCCAUGCAGACGGUGCCCAUCGUGCACCCAGUGGACGGGCUGCGGCUCUUUUUCCACCCCCUCACGCCUUCGGUUGCGGGGAAUGGGCUAUGCCUCUGACAUGCUUGCGCUCUAGGACACGGCUUGGCCGGUGGCUAUGGCGCGCACGCAGCGCCACCCAUCUGCGGCUCCCCAUUGUAGCGUCGCGCGCCCACUC